AUGCUGUCUCCAAGCGAGAAAAAUAUUCAACGAACCGACAAUGAUUCUUCGAGAAACAUUUCCAUUCAAUCGACUGUCAACGAGAAUCCUUCCUCGCUCUCUCUUCGUUGGCUUAUUGGUAUGAAUCCGAAUGUACCGCUACUUAAUCUAUCUGUUAAUGACAAAACACGAUAUUUCUACACUGCGGGAAAUGUAGGUGUAAUAGAAACAGGUAGCGGUAAAGGUCAGAGUCUCCUACAAGGACAUACAUCUAUGAUCGUAACUGCUGCUGUUUCCUAUGACAAACAGUGGUUAGUAACUGCCGAGUCAUUACCAGAAACAUUUCUAAUUAUCUGGAACACUUAUUCAUUGAAACCUGCCAAAUAUUUAAGUCACAUACAUGAGACAGGCGUAAUUCAAGUAGGAAUAUCGCGCGAUGGAAAAUUGAUCAGUAUUUUGACUGAAAUACCUGAUCAAAGAAUUAUUCUCUGGCGUUGGCUAAAUACCGACGCAAGUCCAUUUGUUUUAUCAACUAUUCCGCUGAAUUGUGAACGUCAAUCACGGUUUCAUAUGAUCGAAGAUCGAUCAAUGUUUUGCAGCAUCGGCAAAGAUUCCGUGAUCUUCUACGGUUUAGGAAAAGAUACUGACCGUAUCCAAGUCGAAAUCCAUCGUCAUAUUCAACGAAAGUUCAAUCAAAGAAUCAACCCAAUCCUAAUCUGUUAUUUGAUUCCUGGUAAACAUGAAGCGGUAAUCAUUACUACAACCGGAAAAGCGAUUUUCUUCGAAAUAGAAUACAUGCAACGACAGCAAACAAAGGACGCCAUGAGCUCAUCCACUACGUUAAUCGAUGGUCAGGUCUAUAUAGCAGAUAGAACUAAAGUGAAACGUUUGCACGAUCUACAACGUGACAUCUCAAGUGUGAAAUGGCUUAAUGAACAUAUUAUUCUCGGAACAGUUCAAUCGCAAGUUGUUGUCUAUGAUUAUAACCUCAAUUUCAUUAAACAAUAUCCAUCAUUAAACAUUGGUGCUAUUAUCAGUAUCGCCAUCAACGAAGUUCGUCAUAAUGAAGAGGAGAAAUCCAAUGAGAAAGGUUGGUCUGAUAACUUUGACCAUACCAAUAAAUCUUUCGAAUUCGAUGAAGUCAUCUGUCAAUCAGACAAUGUAUUUAAACUGGUGCGAAGAGUUCCUACAAGUCCAAUAACAGAUAUUAGCGUCAAUUCAGUAUUACCUAUAGUUUAUAUAGGAACUUCAGCAGGCUGCCUGUAUGUCUGGCACGGUGCAGGAAGAUCCCUGUUCUUAACGAAAGACUUUUCGUCGUCGACGAAUGUAGGAAUAUCAAAACUGGCACUAGCCAAAGACUGUUCGUUUUUAGCCAUUGGUUUAGAUAAUGGAUCAAUUUGGUUGUGCGAUGCUGCGACGUGCAAUCCAAUAAGUAACCAUCCAUUACACAAUUCACAAUCCUCGAUCAUUCAUCUUCAGUUUUCUCCGAACGCUCUCUUUCUCGCCGCUGUUAGUCUUGACAAAGCAAGUUUGCUACUUCUUUACUCUUUAAAUCAACGCUUCCUGAAUUUCAAGGGCAUUGCACUAUACAUCCGAGAUGAGCAAACACCCUUCAUUUAUUACAAUCAUGGUCAUUGCACGAAUCAUUCUGGAAAGAUUACGGCAAUUCUAUUCGCAGAAGAUCGGUAUACGAAAAAACAACGACUACUGUCGUCCGACAAUCACGGCAAUCUAACUGAAUACUGUAUUGAUCAACAACGAGAGCAUCCCUUCGAGAUACAAGCAUGUGUAAACCUAAUCGAACAUCCGUCGUACAUCAUUUCAAUGACAACAUAUUCAAUUGAUGGAAAAACUGACUAUUUAAUAUGCUCCGUUAAUACUGGACAAAUCAAAUUUUUUGACCUGGAUUCGAAUAAAUGUCGUCACACUUUACAGACUCUUCGUAUUCCGUUACAACAAAUUAAAAUUUGCACGUUUGACUGUGAAGAUACACCCACUACAUCGUAUCUAGCUUUUCGAACUUCGACAGCAGUUGGCGUGAUGAAGUUACCUGGAAUGGGUCAUCCCAAUGAGUACGACAUGAUAUUAGCCCAUCCUGAUGGAAUACGAUCAUUGGAUAUCAUCUCCAACCGUAAUCUUCUUAUUACUUGUGGUGAACAAGAUAAGUGUAUGUUUAUAUGGAAAUUGGACUCGAUUUUGAUGAACAAACGCAUGGAAAAUCAAAAUUUCGAGUCGCUGACAUCAUAUCAACCGUUGUUUUACUAUAUUCAAUUACAAGAUCCAAGUAAUUUACACAUAGAACAAGUUAUACCAUUACCUUUGGUAGUCGACUUUGCUCGAGCGCUUGGCAAUUAUCUGUCGGAACGGCAAGUGCAAGAAUUGUAUGAUGAACAGUGUUUUAAGAAGAAAAUUGCCGAUCCUCAUCAAAUAAGAGUCGAUUUCAAUGAAACUACUCAAAUAUAUUACAACCAUUUCGCUCAAAACCAUCAUCAACUAUCGAUUGAUGAUAUUCUAAAAUCUGUUUUUGAUCAACACAAGUCACCCAAAACUUCUAAAAUUGAUAUUCAUUCACUUAUACAAACGCUUAUGUCCGACGGUGAAAGAAUGACAUUGAAUGAAAUCCAAGAAGCUUUCCGGACUCUUGGUAUUUUGAACGAUAAAAUCGACUCAAUCGAUGCUCUACCAGCUGACUUGAACUUGCAAGACUUUCUUUACAUCUUUUCACUAGAUAAAAAACGAGAAGAAUGA